GUGACAGGUUCUGGGAGCUAAAGCAACCGAUCCCUUCCCAGGUUAGCUAGGCCGCCCCCUUCCCCACCCCGGCUUCGGGGCCCCAGCGGCAGUGAUGGCUCCGGUGUCUGGUUCGCGCAGCCCGGAGAGGGAGGCCUCGGGCUCCAGGGUGAAGCGUCGCAGUUCGUCGAGGAGCCCUAAACCCAGCAAAUCCGCCCGCUCCCCGCGGGGCCGCCGCUCCCGCUCGCACUCUUGCUCUCGGUCUGGGGAUCGGAAUGGCCUCAGCCACCAGCCGAGUGGCCUCAGCCAAGGGUCCCGAAAGCAGCCCUACCGCUCCCGUUCGCGGUCACGCUCUCGAGAGCGGCCCUCUGCGACGCGGGGCAUCCCCUUCGCUUCUGCCUCCUCGUCCACCUAUUAUGGAGGCUACUCACGCCCCUACGGGAGCGACAAGCCGUGGCCUAGCCUCCUGGACAAGGAGAGGGAGGAGAGCCUGCGGCAGAAGAGAUUAAGUGAGAGAGAGAGGAUUGGAGAAUUGGGAGCUCCUGAAGUAUGGGGACUUUCUCCAAAGAAUCCAGAACCAGACUCUGAUGAACAUACACCAGUAGAGGAUGAAGAGCCAAAGAAAAGCACCACUUCAGCUUCUACUUCGGAAGAAGAAAAGAAGAAGAAGAAGAAGUCUAGUCAUUCUAAAGAAAGGUCCAAGAAAAGGAGAAAGAAAAAAUCAUCUAAAAGAAAACACAAGAAGUAUUCUGACGAUAGCAAUAGUGACUCUGAUUCUGAAACAGACUCCAGUGAUGAAGACACAAAAAGGAAAUCAAAGAAAGCCAAGAAAAAGGAAAAGAAGAAGAAACACAGAUCGAAGAAAUACAAGAAAAAAAAGUCUAAGAAGAGCAGAAAAGAUUCUAGUGAUUCAAGCUCUAAAGAUUCCCAAGAAGAGUUUCUGGAGAAUCCCUGGAAGGAUCGAUCAAAGCCUGAAGAACCCUCAGAUUUAAUUGGCCCAGAAGCUCCAAAAACACUUGCCUCUCAAGAUGAUAAACCUCUGAACUAUGGCCAUGCUCUGUUACCUGGUGAAGGUGCAGCUAUGGCUGAAUAUGUAAAAGCUGGAAAGCGUAUCCCACGGAGAGGUGAAAUUGGUUUGACAAGUGAAGAAAUUGCAUCAUUUGAAUGCUCAGGUUACGUAAUGAGUGGUAGCAGGCAUCGUCGAAUGGAGGCUGUGCGACUCCGAAAAGAGAACCAGAUCUAUAGUGCGGACGAGAAGAGAGCUCUGGCUUCCUUUAAUCAAGAAGAGAGAAGAAAGAGAGAAAACAAGAUUCUGGCCAGUUUUCGAGAGAUGGUAUACAGAAAAACUAAAGGGAAGGAUGACAAAUAAGGAUUUUCGGAUUAUUCAGCAGACAUUUUUAACAGAAAGUCUGGGUUUCAUAUAUACAUACGAACAGAUUGUUAGGAUCUGAAAAGCUUUACAGUGCUCCUGUGCCUUCUAUUUAAUUAUUUCAGUCCUUCAAUAAAAGGCUGCUUAUUGAUA